AUGGCUGAAGAGUCCAAGAUGUACAUUUCGUACAACAAUGUACAUCAACUAUGUCAGGAGUCGGCUGCAAAGAUCAAGAAAUUCAACCCUGAUUUCAUCAUAGCCAUCGGAGGUGGAGGUUUCAUCCCUGCCAGAAUUCUGAGAACCUUCCUCAAAGAGGCUGACCAACCAAGUUUGAGAAUUGUUGCAAUCAUACUGUCAUUGUAUGAGGAUCUCGGAACAAAGGGUGAUACUUCUGAGAAGCCUGGUGUGAAGGUCGAAAGGAUCCAGUGGAUCGAUUAUGAACGUUCAAAAAUUGAGCUGGUAAAUAAGAGAAUUUUGGUUGUGGAUGAGGUGGAUGACACAAGAACAACACUUCAUUAUGCUCUCAAUGAACUCCAAAAGGAUGCUGAAGAGCAAGCUUUGAAAAGGGGGCUGGAAAAGAGUAACACCGAGUUUGCUAUCUUUGUUCUUCACGAUAAGAUCAAACAAAAGAAAGCACAGCUGCCUAAGGAGAUCUUGGAGUCGGAAAACAGAUAUAUUGCUGCAAGAACAGUCCCAGAUUGUUGGAUCGCUUACCCUUGGGAGAGUACUGACAUCGUGCCUCAUACAAAAUACGCAAUAGAACAGGGUAAUGAUGCAUUUAUAUAA